AUGUUACAAGAAGAUUGCAUCAGCAGAUUUUUCGAUGACAAUGACAAUAAUAUACGAAGUCCAGAUAGAAUAUCUUUAUCAUCUUUAAAAACUUUAGAAACGUCCCAAGAUGUAAGUUUGACGUCACAAGAAUCAGACACAGAACUAAGUUUAUCCCAACUAACUAUAGAAGAACCGGAGCCAUUACAAAUAUUGCCUUUUUUCAAUUUAACUCCUCGGGCCAUGCCACGUUCUCCACACUAUGUCAUUGAAGAAGAAUUUUCAUCAAACCCCUGGGCUAUGUUAAUAGCAACCAUUUUUCUUACAAAAACAUCAGGCAAAAUAGCCAGGCCGUAUAUGAAGAACUUUUUUGAGGAGUGCCCGACGCCAUACCACGUACUAGAACAUCCUCCUAAAUAUUUGGAAACGUUUUUCAAAAACUUGGGUCUAAAGAAACGGGGACAAAUGAUUUGGAAAUUGAGUUAUCAAUUUGUUUCUGCCAAGUGGCGGCGAGCGAGUGAUCUCUGCGGCAUCGGAAAAUAUGGCGAAGAUGCAUAUAGGAUAUUCUGCUUGGGACACACUGAUUUAGACCCUGAUGAUAGAUACCUAAAGCUCUAUUUGGAUUGGCUGGCGACUACCAUGUUUGUGGAAGACAAUAGCAUGACGGAUUGCGAAUACGUAAUCGAAGAUCCGGUUUUAAACUAUUAUAGAAUUACUUUGCGAAAUGGCGCU